AUGUUAAAUGAUUCAGUAAAAUCACAAGAAAUAAAACAAACUCCACAACAACCUUCUAAACCGAUGAUACAUCUUAGAGUAUUAAUAAUCUCUGGUCAAAGUCAUUUAUUCACAUUCGAACCUACAUUCACCGUUGGAAGGGUUAAAGAACUUAUUUGGAGUAUGUGGCCUUCGGAAUGGGUUUCUCCUGCUCAACCACCUUCACCAAGUUUUAUGAGAAUUUUAUUCGCUGGUAGGAUAUUGGAAGAUGAUUCGACUUUGAUCUCUAAUAACCUUCCCGCGACUUUAUCACCAACACCACCUACCGUCAUUCACCUCUCUGUCAGAUCUUUUUCAAUCAGGAAUGAAGAUGGUAAGUCUCUAUGA